AUUUCCCACGUGUCCUAACUCUUAUCCUCCACCUUGGCACGUACAAAUCCAACACUUUUCAAUCCAUCAUCAUUGAUUGAUGAGGAUCUGAUCCAGAAAAUUAAAGCAUAUGUAAAAAAAUGAACAGAUAUUUUUCUUAGUAUUUGUGUGUGAGUGUGUGAAGAAGACGUAGACAUGCUUUGGCGCAUGUUCAUCUAUUCAAACCUUCUCUUUACACGCAAUCUUCUCACGCCAUCUUCUUCCUUCUUAAUUUCUACCUUCCUCCCUUUUCUCUUUAAAUUUGACUUUCUCCAAUCAUAUUUUCUGGGUUUUUUAUAUAAAUUUUCUGGGUAUUCCUCAAACAUUUCUGGGUAUUUCUCAACUUUUUCUUGGUAUAUCUUUUUAUGUAUAUAUUUUUUUCAUUUGUCAAAAAAUUUGAUCAUUAAAGGGUACUUAUAGAAUAAAGUUCUGUCUUUGAUAUUGACUAGCUGAAUCUUUUAUUCUUAUAUAGGUUGAGAUCAGUAGAUGGCAUUCAGCAGAAUUAGGUUAAUUUCUAGUAUGGAAGCCAUUGAUUUGGGCUUUUCUACCCUAAAUUUUCCGAUUUUACCAGUUAAACUAGCAAUUCCAAGUCCAAUUUUAAGACCCUUUGAUCCUUUUUUGAGUAGAAGAUGUUUAAGAAUGAAAUGUAAGUCUUCAGCAACAAGUACUUUGUCUGAAGAAAAUGAUAAAAUGGGUGGAUUUUCUUCUUUGGAAGAUGAAUUGGGUUUAGUUGACAAGUUCAAAAUGUCUGAUUUUGAGGUUUCUGAUCGUGUCAGUAUUGGUCUUGGUGGAAGGGCUGAUGAGCUAGUUUUCGAAGCUGUUGUGAAGAAUUCUAGCAGUUCAUUGUAUAAUACUAGAGUAGUGCUUAGGAAGCUUACUAGUGUCCAGGCUCAAAGGAGAGGGAAGAGAGCUAUAGAGGUGUUCAAGAAGUUGGCUCGUCGUAGGCUUUUGUAUCAUUCUUAUUCUAUGCAAGUUCAUGGUUAUGUCUCUUCGCCUAGUGAUGGUUGUGACUCGUUUACGCUUGUCCAUGGUUAUCAUGGAAGUUUCUCACUAAGGCAUUGGCUCCAACAAUCAGACUGGUUCCCAACCUUGGAAGCUACUCUAGCUCUUGAUGAGGAGUCUGUUCGAAAGGUGGGGGACGACAGCAUUGGCGGUCCAGCUGUUUCUCGAAAAUUACGUCUGAUUCGUAUACUUAUGAGGGAUCUUUUAAUAGGAGUAAAUUACUUGCACAGUCAUGGACUUGCUCAUACAGAAUUGAGGCUUGAGAAUGUGCAUGUAAGCCCUGUGGACAGGCAUAUCAAAGUAGGUAUUUUAGGAAACGCUGCCGACUUUGUUGAGAGUAAUUCAAGCACUAGCAUGUUCGAUAGAAAGAGGCGACAUAUGAUGAUUGCAUUUGAUAUGAGAUGUGUUGGAUUUAUCAUGGCAAAAAUGGUGCUGCGGGAGCUCAUGGAUCCAUUAAUCUUUGCUGAGUUCAAAUCAUUUCUUACAAAGGGAAACGAUCCAUCUUGCUUGCGUGAAUUCAUGUUGCCAAUUUUGUGCAAAAACUCCCCUUUUGGAAAUAUUGGACUCCAGAUACUGGAUCGAAGCUGGGGUGCCGGUUGGAACCUUUUGGCAUUGUUGCUUGCUCCAAAACCCUUUGAUAGAAUAAGCUGUUUAGAUGCUCUGAGGCACCCGUUUUUGUGCGGACCCAGAUGGAAGGUGCAGCCAUCAAUGAACAUAAUAAGAUGGGGUCUUGGCUCGACUGCUGUCCGAAUUAUUGAAGAAUACAUAUAUAGGCAGCCUCAGCGUAGCAGACUCUCCCACUUUGUUGAACUAAUGGAGAUGCUCAAUCCUCAUCCAAAGCCCAAGAAUUGGUUGGAGUUGUUGCCUGGCAAAUGGCGUUUACUCUACUGCACAGGUCGACACAUAGGAUUGACUUUUCGGCAACCUGCUAACCGAGCUCUUAUCGGUGAUGUACACUUAACGAUUGAAAAAAGAACAAAUCCGAAGACGACAUUUUUGUUUACUUCCAAUAUUGCCUUCAAUGUAAUUCUUGGUAAAGAUUGGCCCCAUGACAAGAAUGGUAUUUCCGGUGCUCUUCAAGUAACAUCUCCAUUCAAAUUGCGCUCGGGUAGGCGGCUGUAUAUCAAGGAAGAGAAUCCGAAAUUAUCAUUGCCUACAUCUUCCAGCACAACCUCUGUAAUCAAGAUUUUAUCAGGGAGAAAAUGGAAAAAUGUUUUCCCUAAUAGAGAGAUCCCGUCAAGCCUUCCAGUAGCCAAACUUGUAUCUAGUGAUAUCGAAAUGACGAUGAAUCUUGAUGCGCCACUACGUAGCAAUGUUGGUGAAGCUCAAAAAGUGCUUCAAGAAGUUCGACUGCAAGUACCACCGGAAAUGUUUGAUUUGUCGAAAGUUGUAUGCGGUACAUAUGUAGAUUCUCGGCUGCUCGUCCUUCGUAGUGUAAAUGGUUCAGCUCUUCUAUUUACAAGAUCAUGUAGAGGUUCAUAGAUUGUGUUUAUAUGUCUUUAGUAUGUUGUUUUGUAUUGUACAGGAAUAGAACUAUAGAAGUAUAUAUACAGAAUGUUAAUUCCUAUCUUCUUUUAGUCAUCUUCCCGAUGAAUUAAGAUAAAUAGUUAUUCCUUCCCGAGAAAAUUUUGUAUAGACCAAGUCUAUAAAUACGAUCAUUGAAAAAUAUUUGCUACUUUUA